AUGUUUACCAACGGUCUCUUCUCCUGGCUCUCCUCCAAGGAGCCCACUCCCAACGCUACCUCCGAUGCUACUGCUACCACUAGCAUCGAGAACUACCAGCCCACCAGCCCAAAGGCCCCCUCCACCGACCGCAUGGUGGCCGAGCAACCUAACUCCCAGGAGAACAUGCUCAAGCUGCGUGGUGGCGGCGCCGGCGAUAUCUGUUGCGGCCUUUGCGCGGGUCUUCUCUGCUUCGAGUGCUGUGAGUGCUGUGAGAAUUGCUGCUAG